GAAACAUCUUCUCUGCAUAUUAUCACUUCCAAUUUUUGUUCCUUUCUCACUCUUCCAAAUCUACAAGCCAAGAAUCAUCAACUGAAGUGCAAGUUAACACAACAGACAGCGUGUUUUCGGGUCCAUAGAAAUAAUGGAAACUGGACAGCACCGACUGAUCAUCUUAUCUACAUACUCUCACUUCCAGCUUCCGAGUUCCAACUGAGUUGACGACUCGUUCACACGCAAAAUCUGGUCAUCACAGUGCUAUUCUGUUCUUCUUACUCUUCAAUAUCUGCAGGUGGAAGUUCAUCACAGGUUGCUAUUAAUUCAAAAUGGCAGAGGUGGGAGUGUCGGUGGCAGCAAAACUUGCUGAAUAUUUGGUAGAUCCAACUUUACGACAGUUGCAAUAUUUGUUCUGUGUCAGAAAAAUCACCACAAAUGUUGAGAUCGAUAAGGAGGAGCUCAUACUCAAGCAAGGGAGAGUGAAAGAACGUGUUCAAGAGGCCAUUAACAGGACUGACAGAAUUGAUGAUGUGGUUAAAAAGUGGAUGAAUGAUGUGAAAAGCCUGAUAGCAGAGAUGGAGAAUUUGGAGGAAGAGCUAAAGGCCAACAAUGGCUGCCUUCGACAGUGGUGUCCUACUUGGAAGAGAUAUUGUCUUUGCAAAAAGUUGGCCAAGACAACUCAAAGAAUGAUAGACCUAAAUGCAAAGAGUGAUCAUUUUAAUCCAUUUUCUCAUCCUAUUAUUGCUCUAGAUAUAGAGUACCACUCUUCUCAAAAUUUUGAGUUCUUCAACUCUACAAAAAUGGCUUUUGAUCAAUUGUGGAAGGCGUUGCAACAAGAUGGCAACUUCAUAAUUGGGCUAUGGGGUAUGGGUGGUUCAGGGAAAACUACCUUGGCAACAGAAGUAGGAAAGAAAGCCAAAGAGUCAAAGCUAUUUGAUCGAGUUGUGAAAACUACGAUUUCUCAAAGCUUGGAUAUGAGAAGAGCUCAAGGUGAAAUUGCCGACAUGUUGGGACUUAAAUUGGAGGAAGAAUCUAACACUGGAAGGGCAAAAAGAAUAGCACUAAGAUUACAAAGUGGAGAAAGAACUUUGAUAAUAUUAGAUGAUGUAUGGGCUAAGCUGAACCUUGAGGACAUAGGGAUUCCUAUUGAGGGAAAUCAUCAAAAAAGUUGCAAAAUUGUCCUAACCACACGGCGCCUAGAAGUAUGUAUUUUGAUGGGUUGCCAAAAGGAGAUUCAACUUCAGUUGUUACAAGAAAAUGAAGCUUGGGCUUUGUUUCAAGCUCAUGCUAAUGUGGAUGAUGCAGCUCAAGAAGUUGUGGCACAAGCAAUUGCUAAGGAAUGUAAGGGGCUACCCAUUGCAAUUAUAGCUAUGGGAACUUGCUUGAAAAGAAAAGGUGUUGAUGAGAUGAAAGUAAUGCUGGACAGGUUAAGGAAUGCGAAACCAAACAAUGUGGACAAAGGUGUGAGAGAUGUUUUUGCUUGUCUUGAAUUAAGUUAUGAUUAUUUGGCAAUGCCAGAAGCCAAGCUGCUAUUGAUAAUGUGUGCUAUGUUUCCAGAAGAUCAUAAAAUUGACAUUGAGAUCUUUUUAGAUAUGGAGUGGGGUUAG